GUCUGUGGCAGUCUGCGGAGGGAAGAGCUGGUAGAAGCACUCUGCUACAGGACUAAGCUCUAUUUUCAAAUCUAUAGAGCCAGCCUGGAUUCUGCCUUCCCUCUCCUGGCUUCUCCKGMGAGCUGCUCUGCUCAAUCUGUGCUGAAAUAUCCUUUUGAUCUUGGCACCUGUUCCAACUCGUCAGCCAGGUGAAGGUGAUUCUUUCUCUGUCUCCCUCAGCCAUUGUUUUUGGGCUGCUUUUCCUCCCUCCCUCCCUCCUCUCUGUGUUCAGCCCUGCCUCAUGCUUUGAGUGAGUGGGUUUGGCUGUGGCUUGCAGUGCGCGUGGAGCUCCAGAAUAUUCCUCACUAGAGUGAAGGUGUGGAACACUGGAGUAGAAUACUGAGACAGAACAGUGAGGUGUUUUGGUGAGGUAGAAUUAUUUAGUAGAAUACUGAUUUAGAACACUGAGGUAGAAUUUCUGGAAGUAGAAGAAUUUUGUGGAACAUUGAGGUAGUUACUGUAGAUUAGGGAGGAUGGGGGGUCAUACUGCAGUGGUGUGUUUGGUUCUGCUGGCCCUAUGCUGUGUGCUACUGCUAAGAGGAGGGGAGAGCGCAGGAGGCAUAGUCUCUAUAGGCCAGGCUGUGGAGGAGAGAGGGAUGGACGGAGGAAUGGAGGCCCUACAUGGAGAGGAGUCCCAGGAUGAGCUGGCUAAAGAACAGGAGCUCACAGAGACACAAAGACAGACUGGCAAGGCAAAGAGAGCCACAGAUGAAGAAGCCAUACCAGCCCGGGUCAGGAGAGCCCCAGAGGAGGAGGAGGGCAAAGGGAAGAAAAAAAAGGGCAAGAAGGACAAGAAGAACAAGGAGUCUAAAGCAGACAAAAAGCUGAAGGACAAGGGAGGCCGCCGCGGCAAAGCACCAACAACACCACCACCGACCACUACCACACUACCACCGACCACUACCACAGAGGUGUACACAGAGCCAGCUCCCACAGAACCUGACCCCUACCCAGACUUCCCCUAUUUAGACAGCGAGGAUGACUACUGGAACCCUGAUGAUGAUAAGCCAGCCACCCCAGAGACUGACUCAGAGACGCUAUUGGAACCCUGAUGAUGAUAAGCCAGCCACCCAGAGACUGACUCAGAGGAUGAGUACUGGAACCCUGAUGAUGAUAAGCCAGCCACUCCAGAGACUGACGCGAGGAUGAGUACCGGAACCCUGAUGAUGAUAAAGCCAGCACUCCAGAGACUGACUCAGAGGAUGAGUACCAGAACCCUGAUGAUGAUAAGCCAGCCACCCCAGAGACUGACUCAGAGGAUGAGUAUGGAACCCUAUGAUGAAAGCCAGCCACCCCAGAGACUGACUCAGAGGAUGAGUACUGGAACCCUGAUGAUGAUAAGCCAGCCACCCCAGAGACUGACUCAGAGGACGACUACUGGAAGGGAGAGGAAGAGGAGCCUGCAGGCCCAGUGGUCGACCCAGAAGAUGACUAUUGGAAGGGAGAGGACCCGACGGCCAUACCCCCCCCUCUUGUGGUGGAUGGAGAGGUGGAUACGGGAGAUGAAGACUACUGGGAAGCCAAAUAUGAAGUGCCCGAGAAUCUUCCUUUCCCUGACGGUAAAGAGGUCGUCCCCACAGAGAAAAAUGACUUAAGCUACCCUGUCACAGAGGAUUCUAUUACACCACCACCUACCUAUGAAAGCCCAUGGUACGAGGAGUAUGACUACGGAUAUAGUGGUGGAGAGA